UGUUUUAUAUAGCCGAAAGGAUUAUAUUAACUUGAAGGAUUAAGUAGAAAAUAAUAACUGUAAAAUGGAUAAUAUUUCUUUUUCAUAUGAUAAGAUAUCGGGAGACGAUAAGAGUUUAAGUUUGUUACAAGAAUCUAAUCUCAUUAAUGAAGGAAAGUGGAUAUGUGCAGAAUCAUACGAGGAAAUACUCGCUUUAAUUCAAAACUAUGAAACAGAAACUGUGUCAAAGUUUUCAUGCUAUUCUGCUAACAAAAACUUUGGUAAUAUAGAAGCUUCUGUCAAACACCACAAAAUAAGACAAGAGGACGACUCUGUACCUUUUAAUGGUGUUCCAUUCGUGAUUGUAGGAAGUAAAGUUCUUGACUGUAUGCAUGGAAGAGAUAGAAAAGUAUCUUUUAAAGAAGAAUAUAAAAUGCGUUGCAAUGAUAGAAAGGUUAUAGAAAUGGAAAAGAGUAACCUCCUCCAAAAAAAUUCGAGAAGCAAUUUCAAAAAAUGAAGCAGUGGGACAAAAAAUAUUUUUAAUUUUUCUUCCAUCAAUGAGUUCUCACACUGAACACUUUACUGGAAAU